AUGAACUUUGAUCUCGGUGAAGACGUGCUUGAGGUUACUGCCGUCCGUGGACUUGCAUAUCCUCUGCCCAUUGGCUUUAGUAGUUCCGACCAGCUUGAUACCUUCGUUUGCUUCGAGCUGCCUUUUCCUGACAAUGACUCGCCACAACGCUACUCCACAGACUGGGCUCGACGUAGUACAGAACCAACGGACUAUGGCGGAAAACAAGCGAUUGCCCGCUUCACUGUUGCUCGAAAGUCGCGUUCAUUCGGCCGCUUUCUACAAAGUCACAAGACACUAAAAGCGAUCGUAAUAUGCUUUUACAUACAUACAUACAUGCAGGCAUGCAUGCAUACAUAG